UCGUAUGUCUUUGUCUAGUUUGGAAGGCAGCAAAGGGACGACUCGGAGGCAUGUCUUCCUGGAGGGAGCUCAAACAGUCUGGCUUCACUUACGCCUUCAGAAGUGAACGAGAGAGAGAGAGAGAGAGAGAGAGAGAGAGAGAGAGAGAGAGAGAGAGAGAGAGAGAGAGAGAGAGAGAGAGAGAGAAACAAAGUGUAAUAGGGAUGAAUGGAACGAGAGUCUGUGUUGAUUUGAUAUGAGAGUCGUGCAUCCGAGGUUCCUUCUCCAGCUCUGGAGUUCAGAAUGUUCUGGAUGUGGGAUCUAGAAGCGUGAGAACGCCGGAGAUAAAAGUUGUCUUCUGUAUCAUAAUCUGCUUUCGAAACGUUUGCAUACAACAGGGGUGUGGAAAACAAGCUCGACGCUCUCGAAGGUGAACGUGAUCAUGUUGUCGAUUUCAAAAUGUAACUUUUCGGGUUGCACAGAUUUGGACAGCCGUGCAACGCAUCCAAUGGACUGUCAGCUGCCUGAACUGAUCAAGCCACUCUCAAAACAAUCCUCCUUCAAUGGCUUUGAAUGGGACGGGUGCUGAAUUUAGAUCCUCCGGGAUAUCAGCAGAGAUUUCGACAGGUACAAGUGACACCCGUUGUUGGUUCAUGGAGCAGAAAGUGUCUCUGGGUGAUACAUUACUCAAUAGCACAAUGGAUUGCAAUGAGAGUGAAAACAGAAACAAGUCAGACUUGUUGACCUCUAUGUCUGCACAGAAGAACUGGAUGGCACUGUUGAUUUCACUGGUCAUUAUCAUCACAGUGACUGGUAACAUACUGGUCAUCAUGGCGGUGAGCCUGGAGAGGAAGUUGCAGAAUGCCACAAACUAUUUCUUGAGGUCUUUGGCCAUUACAGACAUGCUUCUGGGUAUCCUGGUAAUGCCAGUAGCCAUGGUCACCAUCCUCUAUGGUUACACAUGGCCCCUUCCCUCCGCUCUUUGUCCGAUCUGGAUCUACCUGGACGUUCUCUUCUCCACGGCCUCCAUCAUGCACCUGUGCGCCAUGUCUCUAGACCGAUACAUCGCAAUCCGCAACCCCAUCCACCACAGUCGCUCAAACUCUCUAACUAGAGCCCGUAUUAAAAUUAUGGCAGCCUGGACCAUCUCUGUAAUUAUCUCUAUGCCUGUCCCGGUCCUUGGCCUUCACGAUCACUCCAAAGUCUUCCGGAACGAAAGCUGCCAGUUGACGGACGAUAAUUUCGUUCUCAUCGGCUCUUUUGUGGCGUUCUUCAUCCCACUUAUUAUCAUGGUGGUGACCUACGUUCUCACCAUAAGCGCUCUGCAGAGCGAAGCCACUUUGUGCCUCGACCAACUCAUCGUACGACCAAAAUGGUCCUCCACAAUCGGACUCCUCCCACGAGGCUCGGUCUCCUCCGAGCGACUAUUCUCCCGUUCCUCUCUCUGUCGUGAUGGACUGAACAGAGGACCAAGCCGUCGCACCAUGCAGUCCCUCAAUAACGAACAGAAGGCGUCGAAAGUUCUGGGCGUGGUCUUUUUGCUCUUCGUGAUCAUGUGGUGUCCGUUUUUCGUGACGAAUGUGAUGGCGGUGGUUUGCGGCUCUGCGUGCGAUGAGGAUUUGGUGGGGGAGUUGAUGAAUGUGUUCGUGUGGGUCGGUUACCUGUCAUCAGCGGUCAACCCUUUCAUCUACACCCUCUUCAAUAAGACUUACCGUGCCGCCUUCGCCAGAUACAUGUGCUGCCGUUACCGUGAGAAGAAAAGACCUCUGCAGUUAAUUCUGGUUAACACCAUCCCUCCUCUGGCAUACAGCUCAUCCCAGCUUCCUCUGAAAUCUUCAGGGAGAAGGGGAGAGGGCAGCCAGUCCGGAGGCUUCUUCGACAAAGAAAAAUCCAACUCUGUAAAUGUACAAAACAAGCAGGAUGAGGUUGUGAGUCAUGUGUGAGGGGGGGACAGAUUCAAGACUGCAUUUUGAAUAAUUUAUCAUUGUUUUGUAGUUUAUUGUUAUAAAUUAUUGUAAUAUAUCAGGGUUGUUUCAACCCAUGCUUGGUUAAAAAACAUAUUCAGUCAUUGGGUUACAGUCAUGUAGAAAAUGUCUAUUUUUGACCCAACCAUGGAAUGAAACAACCCAGCAUUUCGGUUUGAAAAAGAAACUGUUGGGUUUGUUAAUACUUUAUCCAACUAUGAGUUGAACUAAGCUUUUUUUGAGUGGUAAAGUGUGAUCUGCAGUGUUGUAGUCGAGUCCAAGACCAGAGACUGUAUGGCCCUUUCCCAAAUAGCAAACUCCGUACUUGUCCACACUUUGAUGACAUCAUGUAGUGCAGACCCUCGGGACCCUUGACGCAAGUCCACGAAGGUGCACUGGAGUCAUAUUUUGGAACAGACUCGAGGUCACGCCGGAAAUAGGAAGAGAAGUCACAAUUAUUAAUUGUUUCAUAGCAACUUUACAUUAAUAGAAGCAGGGGAAAACAUAGAAAAAUCGACAGACAACAUAAGUAGCAAAAUACAGCGGCUAUGAAUAAACUUAUAUAUAUACAUGGGAUGUAAAUGGAUAAGGAGAUUAAAUGGGUUCCAUCGGUGGUCGUUGGUCAGGCAUCGUCUGGGCAUCACGUUUAAGGACGGCCAGUAGAUCAGUGGUGUGUUGACUUCCACGGAAGCCGGAACUGGGUCUGUUUGUCUCAAUGUCCCUGGAUUUGAGGACGAGACCGGGAGAGAGAAACAAAAUCCUAUUAGUGUAGCAUCAGUGUGAACUCCUCCCAUCCAAGUGCGUGGAGCUUGCAGCAUUGCAGGCUUUACCGAAGACCGCAUCAAGGGUGCAAAGGGCCGCUGAUGAGCACAUU